UCCCCCCGCGGCGGCUGCUCCUCCUCGGCGCCGCCAGCCCCAGCGCCGCUCCCGGGCGGGCGGGCGGGCGGCGGCGGGACCCGCGGAGCCGCUUUGUGUGCAGCCCGACGAGGGGCGGCGGCGCAACCACCUGACAGAGGCCCGGGCGCUCGAUGCACCUUCCGCCCGCAUGAGGAGGAGAGGCCGGUAGAGGACUGUGAAAGAAAAGUUGUCCCCCAGGAUGGACUUCACCGCGCAGCCCAAGCCUGCCACUGCCCUCUGUGGCGUCGUGAGUGCGGACGGGAAGAUCGCUUACCCUCCGGGGGUUAAGGAGAUCACCGACAAGAUCACCACCGACGAAAUGAUCAAACGACUGAAGAUGGUAGUAAAAACAUUUAUGGAUAUGGAUCAGGACUCAGAAGAUGAAAAACAGCAGUAUCUGCCACUGGCCUUGCAUCUUGCUUCUGAAUUCUUCCUCAGGAACCCCAAUAAAGAUGUGCGUCUCCUUGUAGCAUGUUGUUUGGCUGACAUCUUUCGAAUCUAUGCCCCAGAAGCUCCAUAUACGUCUCACGAUAAACUUAAGGACAUAUUUUUGUUUAUUACCAGACAAUUAAAAGGUUUGGAGGAUACAAAGAGUCCGCAGUUUAAUAGAUACUUUUAUUUAUUAGAGAAUCUAGCUUGGGUUAAAUCAUAUAACAUCUGCUUUGAUUUGGAAGAUUGCAAUGAAAUUUUUAUUCAACUUUUUAGGACUCUUUUCUCAGUGAUCAACAACAGCCACAAUAAGAAGGUACAAAUGCACAUGCUAGACUUGAUGAGUUCUAUCAUCAUGGAAGGUGAUGGAGUUACUCAAGAAUUAUUGGACUCCAUUCUUAUUAACCUCAUUCCUGCACAUAAGUUUUUCAAUCAAGUACUGGUGCUGGGAAGAUCGUCAGUAAGUGAUUUGUCAGAACAUGUAUUUGAUCUGAUUCAGGAACUUUUUGCUAUAGAUCCUCAUUUAUUACUAUCUGUCAUGCCGCAGCUUGAAUUCAAACUGAAGAGCAAUGAUGGAGAAGAGCGAUUAGCUGUGGUUCGACUUCUAGCUAAAUUGUUUGGCUCUAAGGAUUCUGAUUUGGCAACACAGAAUCGUCCUCUUUGGCAGUGUUUUCUUGGACGAUUUAAUGACAUUCACGUUCCUGUGAGAUUAGAGAGUGUGAAAUUUGCCAGUCAUUGUUUAAUGAAUCACCCAGAUUUAGCAAAGGAUCUCACAGAAUAUUUGAAAGUUAGAUCUCAUGAUCCAGAAGAAGCUAUUCGUCAUGAUGUCAUUGUUACCAUAAUAACAGCUGCCAAAAGAGACCUUGCAUUAGUAAAUGAUCAGCUGCUUGGCUUUGUAAGGGAAAGAACACUGGAUAAACGGUGGCGGGUAAGAAAAGAAGCUAUGAUGGGUCUGGCUCAGCUUUAUAAGAAAUACUGUCUUCAUGGUGAAGCAGGAAAGGAAGCUGCAGAGAAAGUCAGCUGGAUAAAGGACAAACUUUUGCAUAUUUAUUAUCAGAACAGCAUUGAUGACAAACUGUUGGUAGAGAAAAUCUUUGCUCAGUAUCUUGUCCCCCACAACCUGGAAACAGAAGAAAGAAUGAAAUGCCUGUAUUAUUUAUAUGCUAGUUUGGAUCCAAAUGCUGUGAAGGAUUGUUGCUGCUUCUAUUUGAAUUUAGAACCUCAGUCAGAGGCUAACUGCUCUGCCAUGUUUGGAAAACUGAUGACCAUAGCAAAGAAUUUGCCUGACCCUGGGAAAGCACAAGAUUUUGUGAAGAAAUUUAACCAGGUUCUGGGUGAUGAUGAGAAACUACGGUCUCAGUUGGAGUUAUUAAUCAGCCCAACAUGUUCCUGCAAACAGGCAGACGUUUGUGUGAGAGAAAUAGCCCGGAAACUUGCAAAUCCUAAGCAGCCAACAAAUCCUUUUCUAGAGAUGGUCAAAUUUCUGUUGGAAAGAAUUGCACCUGUGCACAUUGAUUCAGAAGCCAUAAGUGCACUAGUAAAAUUGAUGAAUAAAUCAAUAGAGGGGACAGCAGAUGAUGAAGAGGAGGGUGUAAGUCCAGACACAGCUAUUCGUUCAGGGCUUGAACUUCUUAAGGUUCUGUCUUUCACACACCCUACCUCGUUCCACUCUGCAGAGACGUAUGAGUCCUUGUUACAGUGCCUAAGAAUGGAAGAUGACAAAGUGGCAGAAGCUGCUAUACAAAUUUUUAGAAAUACCGGCCACAAAAUAGAAACAGACCUUCCCCAGAUACGAUCGACCUUAAUUCCCAUUUUACAUCAAAAAGCAAAGAGGGGUACUCCACACCAAGCAAAACAGGCUGUGCACUGUAUACACGCCAUAUUCUCAAAUAAAGAAGUCCAGCUUGCACAGAUUUUUGAGCCACUCAGUAGGAGUCUGAAUGCUGAUGUACCAGAACAACUUAUAACUCCAUUAGUUUCAUUGGGCCACAUUUCUAUGUUAGCACCAGAUCAGUUUGCCUCCCCAAUGAAAUCUGUAGUAGCAAAUUUUAUUGUGAAAGAUCUGCUAAUGAAUGACAGGUCUACAGGUGAAAAGAAUGGAAAAUUAUGGUCUCCAGAUGAAGAGGUUUCCCCUGAAGUACUGGCAAAGGUACAGGCAAUUAAACUUCUGGUAAGGUGGCUGUUGGGUAUGAAAAACAACCAGUCUAAAUCUGCCAAUUCAACUCUUCGGUUAUUAUCAGCGAUGUUGGUUAGUGAGGGUGACCUGACAGAGCAAAAGAGGAUCAGUAAAUCUGAUAUGUCUCGCUUGCGAUUAGCUGCUGGUAGUGCCAUAAUGAAGCUUGCUCAGGAACCUUGUUACCAUGAAAUUAUUACCCCAGAACAGUUUCAGCUCUGUGCACUUGUCAUUAAUGAUGAAUGCUACCAAGUAAGGCAGAUAUUUGCUCAGAAGCUGCAUAAGGCACUUGUGAAGUUACUACUCCCAUUGGAGUAUAUGGCGAUCUUUGCCUUGUGUGCCAAAGAUCCUGUGAAAGAGAGAAGAGCACAUGCACGACAGUGUUUGCUAAAAAAUAUCAGUAUACGCAGAGAGUACAUUAAACAGAAUCCGAUGGCUACUGAGAAAUUAUUAUCACUGUUGCCUGAAUAUGUAGUUCCAUACAUGAUUCACCUGCUAGCGCAUGAUCCAGAUUUUACAAGAUCACAAGAUGUUGAUCAGCUUCGUGAUAUCAAAGAGUGCCUGUGGUUCAUGCUUGAAGUUUUAAUGACAAAGAAUGAAAACAACAGCCAUGCCUUUAUGAAGAAGAUGGCAGAGAACAUCAAAUUAACCAGGGAUGCCCAGUCUCCAGAUGAAUCCAAGACAAACGAAAAACUUUAUACAGUAUGUGAUGUGGCCCUGUGUGUUAUAAACAGUAAAAGUGCUUUGUGCAAUGCAGAUUCACCAAAGGACCCAGUCCUCCCGUUGAAGUUUUUUACACAACCUGAAAAGGACUUUUGUAAUGACAAAAGUUAUAUUUCGGAAGAGACAAGAGUACUUCUGUUAACAGGAAAGCCAAAGCCUGCUGGAGUACUAGGUGCAGUCAACAAGCCUUUAUCAGCAACAGGAAGGAAGCCCUACGUUAGAAGCACUGGCACUGAGACUGGAAGCAACGUUAAUGUAAACUCAGAGCUGAACCCUGCAACCGGAAAUCGAUCAAGGGAACAGAGUUCAGAGGCAGCAGAAACUGGAGGUAGUGAAAAUGAAGAGAACCCUGUGAGAAUUAUUUCUGUCACACCUGUAAAGAAUAUUGACCCCGUAAAGAAUAAGGAAAUUAAUUCUGAUCAGGGUACCCAGGGCAACAUCAGCAGUGACCGAGGAAAGAAAAGAACAGUAACAGCAGCUGGUGCAGAGAAUAUCCAACAAAAAGCAGAUGAGAAAGUAGAUGAAUCAGGACCGCCUGCCCCUUCCAAACCCAGGAGAGGACGUCGACCCAAGUCUGAAUCUCAGGGCAAUGCAACCAAAAAUGAUGAUAUAAAUAAACCUAUUAACAAGGGAAGGAAAAGACCUGCAACCAGUCAGGAGAGCCCUGGGGGUUUGGAAGCAGGUAAUGCCAAAGCACCCAAACUGCAAGACGUAGCCAAAAAGGCAGCACCAGCAGAGAGACAAAUUGACUUACAAAGGUAA